AUGAACCUAUCUCACAUUAUCAAUUCGAAUCACCACAGGUCGCAGGAAGACUUUGCUCCGCGAUCAGCCCAUCGUCAUUCUGAUCCGUAUCCUCGCCGCCUUCGUGAUUACAAGCAUGAGGAAAUGGCAACGGCGCUGACUGCUCGCCCUUACCGAAGUCCGUCACCAGUUUACCGACGACCGUACCCGCCGUCGCCUCCCCUCGACGAUAUCCCCCAUCUACGUACUUUACCGUCGAUACAAAGCCUUAUUAACAUGGAUAAUUCCAGGCCGGGCUCAGUGGUUGAUGGUGAGCGUGAUUCUGUAUCACACCUACGAAGUUCGCCACCAUUAGCCACCACUAAAAGCGCCCGAAGACCCCAGAGUUAUAGCCAACCGAUCAUGAGCAAAUCCGAUAUAAGGCCGCCGUCACCCCCUAUCGACCCACAGCUUGGUUUGGACGGGCCACUUCACUCACCUGCAAGCUCACAAAAGUCCUCAGCGACUGCGUCACAUUAUUCUGGUGGCACCUAUCAGAGUCUAGAUCCAGCGGUGAAUCGGCAACGGUCACCGCCAUCGAUUUCUAAUGGCAAUAGCAUACGGCCUCAAUCGCCACAAGCAGCCUUUCAAGGCGCUACCUAUCCAGAUGCACCAACUUCUAACACUAAUUAUACGUAUUCCCAAGUUAGCACAUCCGAAAACCAGUCGAUGUACCAACAAAGACCUCUUCCGAACACUUUUCCACCAGCUGCUCCAGUCAACGCCAAUCCAGCAACACCAAAAUCUGAUGAAACAUCGCCAGUGGAAGUCAACGGCCAAUGGCAACAUCAACAUCAGCAUCAUCACUAUAUUGCCCCUUCUGCUUCCGCUUCAUUUCCCGGUCAAACUUCUGAUCGCUAUGUUUGCCACGUCUGCAACAAAGCUUUUUCACGGCCCUCCAGUUUAAGGAUUCAUAGUCAUUCCCACACCGGGGAGAAACCCUUCAUCUGCCCACAUAAGGGCUGUGGGAAAGCAUUCAGUGUGAGAAGUAAUAUGAAAAGACACGAACGAGGGUGUCAUGGCAGCACCGUCCAGGAAAAUUUAUAA